AUGUGUGAUCGGUAUUUUCCCAAUUUUCUUUCUUUCGAAACCGCGUUACUUCGUUUGGAGCAGCGCACCGGAAUGUCUUUCACUAUCCGAGUAAGCAAGAAAAUCAAGGAGCCUUAUGACGAUGCUGUACGAUUUCGUUACCGCCGAAUGAGAUACAUAUGCAGUCUGGGUGGCAGCUCCCGAACAACACUGGCGAAACGUACGCAUAAGUGUGGCUGCCCUGUUUAUUUUGAGGUUGUGCUUAAGCCCACAGGACUGAAGGUGUCAAAAUACAGUAUGUUUCAUUCCCAUGCAGUUUCUCCAGAUUGUGUUGUUUCCUCUGAUGAAAGGGGGGUGUUAACUCCAGAAGAAGAGGAGUUUGUAUGCAGUUUAAUAAGUGAAAAUGCGGACAAUCAAAGAAUUCGAAAACUUGUUCGCGGCAAAUAUGGGAAAGUGAUAUGCAUGAAAGACUUAAAUAGAUUAAAACUGAAAAAUCGAAACGUCAAGUUGGAAGCGCUCUGCUAA